UGACAGAGUGACAGUUAUUGGAAACAUUGAAAAUGGCUGCCUUACGACACAUUUCUCGAAAAGUAUUUACAACAUUUUUAAAACCCGAAACCAGGCCAAAGUCAGAAACUUGCGCGAUUUGUAUUCGCCUUUUAAAUUAUUCUUCUAUCGAAUACGAUGAAAAACAUGAUCCAGCCCAAAAGUUUUUUAAUAAAGAAGUUCAAUCUCUACUUAAAGACCUGACUAGAGUCGAUUUAUCUAAAGUUAAUAGAAAGAGGAAAUUAGGUGCGAGGCGAUUGGAAAACCCUGAAUAUAAGUUCAUGACUGAUGAAGAGUUGAAACAAGCUACAGAAGAAGCCAUACAAAAAAGUGAAGAGUUGUUACAAAUACCUCCAGUAGUUUCAGUACGUAAACCCCUUAAUCACGUAUUUGCUAGGGACCCUGCUUUACAAGGAUUAGAAGAAUCAAAAAUGGUUUUUACAGAUAUUACUUUUGGAAUUAAAGAUGCUGAAAGAUUGAUUGUAGUUCGGGAAAUUGAUGGAACUUUAAGAGAAGCAGAAUGGGAACUGAAAAAUAGAAUGAAUCAGCUUUACUUUCCUAAGAAGGGAAGAUCAUUGAAACCACCUAAAAUGUUCUAUGGGGAGUAUUUAGAUAAUUUAUUAGAACGAAAGGAAUAUGAAUUUGUACUUGAUAGAGCUUGUAUACAAUUUGAACCUAAUGAUCCUGAUUAUCAGCGUGUAGUCUCUAUUACUUAUCAACACAUUAAUGAUCAUGAUGGGUUUGAUUAUUUGAGAUCAACUAGGCAUUUUGGAGCACUGACAUUUUUUCUGGCGUGGCAUAAAAAUAUAGACAAUUUAUUAUUAGAAUUAAUUGAAACUUCUCAUAUUGAAGAAGCAAUUAAAUUAUUAGAUCUAUUUUCAAAACUACAAGCUGUCAAUUAUGAAAAAGCUGAAGAUUUAGAUAAAAUUGAAGAAUACAUUAGCAAGUUUUCAAAUAAAAAAGCUGCUUUGGAAUUGGGAUUCCAGGCUUACAAAGAUUUGGCAAGGCAAAGGAAGGAGUUAGAAGAUGGUAUAAAAGUAGCUCAUGGUUUAGGAUAAAAUUUAAUACCUAUAAGUAUGUGUAAUUAGCAUUUUAAGUAAUAAAAAACUUUAUAAA